AUGGAUGUGGACAUCAGCCUCAAAGCUGUCGGUGAUUUUGGAAGAGUGCAAGGCAUCAACUUCGUUCUUUUUGGUCUAUGCUUGACAUUGGCAUCGAUACAGAGCAACUCGAUAGCCUUCACGAUUGACCAGUCCGUGGAGCACUACUGUAAACCACCGCAGGGGUUCUCGACAAAUCAGACCGCACCUCUGAGCAACGACACGGGUCGAGAUAUCUUCCAUAGCUGCCGCAUGUACGACGUGCUCAAUGGAACUUUGACGGAUAACCUGACAACCUGCCAAGACGGCUUUGAGUACCCGUCUGAACAGGGGGCGACCAGUGUAGUUACUGACCUGAAUCUCGUGUGUGAUAGAAGCCUUCUGGGCGGCACCCUAAUGUCCAUGCACUUCGUGGGUUUCCUCGUCGGUUGCUUCCUGACAGGCCAAGCGGCGGACAUGUUCGGUAGACGCACGGUCUGCAUGGGGGCGUCGCUGCUGAUCAGUCUGCUUGGCACAUCCAUUAGUUUCAUUUGGAACCUAAAGCUCAUGAUGGCCGCCCGGUUCUUUCUGGGGCUGGUUCUACCGGGAAACACCCUCGUGUGUUACGUCCGAAUGGUGGAGAUGGCCUUGCCAAGGCACCGCUUGCUGGCUAACCAAAUAAUCCAGUUAUUCUCUUACGAGUCCAUUCGCUGGCUAGUACAGAAAGGCCGUGUGGAGAAGGCUGUGUCAAUUCUACAAAGGGUUGCCAAAUCUAAGAAGAUCCAGUACGAAGGGGAAUCUCUCAUGUCCAGGCUCAGUGACAUAGGUGUGCCGACAACUGAAAAGACUGACGGCCUUGCAGACACGCCCUCUGUGGAAGACGAUGGGCCGACCAACGGAGGUCUUUAUCCAAUAAAGCGACACUACUCUUUCUUCCAUUUGUUCAGGACAAGAAUUCUGAUCAAGUACACCUUGAUCAUGUUUCUGUGCUGGUUCGUCAUGAACGCGCUGUACUUCGGGUUCAUCGUAUAUUCCACCAGCCUGGCCGGAAAUAAGUACCUCAACUUUUUUUUGCUGGCUCUCAUUGAGGCACCGGUUAGCGCCAUCGAUUUCGUCCUCAUGAAAAGGUUUGGUCGUCGAAGGCCGCUGAUCUUUUCCUUCUUUGCAUGCGCAGUGGCUUGUUACUUUACGGGAUUUCUUCCUGGUAAAACAGCUAAUGGCACUGAGCUAACAGCCUUGAUUGUCGCUAUGGCGAUGGUCGGCAAGUACUUUUCCACAGCUGCGUAUGAAGUGACUAUGCUGAUAGGAGCCGAAGUCUUCCCAACAGUUCUUAGAAAUAUUGCAACGGGGAGCUCAGCCACAGUUGGGAAAACAAGUACAAUCAUAGCUCCUUUCAUUGUGCUGUUGAAAGAUGCGGUAAGCUUCUUGCCAAUGACAAUAUUUGGUACACUCUCGCUGGUAGCCGCCUUCUGUGUGUGUCUGCUACCCGAAACAAGGAACAGGCCCCUGCCUGAACAGUUUGAGGACCCAACCAAGUUAGAAAGACAACAAGAGGACACCAUCUAA